GCCAAUUGGCAAAUGUAUUUGGCAAGAAAUAAUCCAAAUUGCAUCAAAAGUAUAAUAUAGAUUUAACGCGUGUAAAUAAUUAUAAACAUUGACGUUGUAUUGUACCAAGCUUGUAAAACAAAAUGUAUAAUAAUUAUUUUAAACGCUUAAAUCAGUGGUUGUAUAUAACGAGUAAACAAGAAGGAGAAACAACGCAUUUGAAAUACUAUAUAGAUGAUAGAGGAUAUAUUUGCUAACCCUCUUCAAUACCAGGGUUGAAAAAUGGACAACAGUGGAUCUGGAGUAGUGCAAGUAUUCGUGGGUGAAUGGAGCCCUGAAUAUGAGGCGCUCUCCAUUAAAGCUACGAAACAAACUUCAUCAGCCGAGAUUGUAGAAUGUAUUAUUGAAAGACUCGGACUGAUUGAAGCUUCUGUUUCGAAUGGCUAUGAGUUAGCAGAAGUGGUAGGGAAUUCUGUUGGUCAAGAAUGUAAGGAAAGAAGACUUGGCCCCGCUGAAUGCCCCGUAGCACUCAUGUUACUGUGGCCAAAAAAUGAUACUCAGCAAGAAUACUACAGAUUUUAUCUACGAAAAAAGCAACCAGACUAUUUAUGGUCUGACAGUAGGUUUCCUAUGGAUCCUCAACUCCUAAAGGACUAUUUUAAUAGAUUCCUUUAUCAACCACGUGACAAGGAAUACCCAGAUCUAUGUCAGCUUCCAGAUCUGAAUGAGCAAACAUUGUUGGACAAUCUGAGGGCGAGGUUUUUGGCUGGCAAUAUAUAUACUUACGUUGGCAGUAUACUGAUUGCCUUGAAUCCAUUCAAAUUCUAUCCUAUCUAUAAUCCAAAAUAUGUAAAAUUAUAUCAAAACAGAAGGCUGGGUCCAGACAUACCUCCUCAUAUAUUUGCCAUAGCCGAUGCAGCUUAUCAUUGUAUGCUUAAGGAGAAGAAGAAUCAAUGUAUCGUUAUCAGUGGUGAAAGCGGUUCUGGUAAAACUGAAUCAACGAAUUUCUUGUUACAUCAUUUGACAGCACUUAGUCAAAAGGGUUCACAUGGCAGCGGUGUGGAACAAACGAUACUCAGCGCUGGACCUGUUCUAGAAGCAUUUGGUAAUGCAAAAACUGCCCAUAAUAACAAUAGCAGUCGCUUUGGAAAAUUUAUUCAAGUAAAUUACAAAGAAAAUGGAAUGGUUCAUGGUGCUGUGGUUCAAAAAUACCUUCUCGAGAAAUCCAGGAUUGUUUCUCAAGGACGGAAUGAGAGGAAUUAUCACGUGUUUUAUUACUUAUUGGCUGGCGCAAACGAGCAAGAGAAACAGCUGUUGCAUUUGGAGAGCUGUGAUCGGUACAAUUACUUAAAUAAAAGCGGUUGUUACGGACUAGAAAAUAUUGAUGAACGACAUGAAUUCUCGAGAUUAAAACAAUCUAUGGAAAUGGUGGGCUUUACAGCAGAGAAGCAAAGACGACUCUUCGCAGUUCUGUCGGCAGUCCUUUUACUAGGUAAUGUUGAAUUUUAUCCGAGAAAAUCGUAUCACCAUCACGACGAAGCUGUAGGUGUUAAAAAUCCAGAAGUAGUUGCAUUGAUAUCAGAGCUUCUCCGAGUAAAACAAGAAACUCUGUUAGCUGCACUCACUGCCAAACGUGCAAGAGCUUCCGGAGAGACUUUAGUUAUUAACUAUAGACUUCCCGAAGCGAUUGCGGCACGCGAUGCCAUGGCAAAGUGUUUGUAUGGAGCUUUAUUUGAUUGGAUUGUGUUGCAGGUGAAUCAUGCCCUACUUUCUAAAAAAGAUACUCUCAGAGAUCAUCAAGGCAAUAGUAUAGGUGUAUUAGACAUAUUUGGCUUUGAAGAUUUUAAAACGUGUAAUAGUUUCGAGCAGUUAUGCAUUAAUUAUGCGAAUGAACAAUUACAACAUUACUUUAACCAACAUGUUUUCCAAUACGAACAACGAGAAUACAGAAAGCAGGGGAUUAGAUGGACAGACAUAGGGUACAGCGACAACUCUGGAUGUCUUAAUCUCAUCGAAGGGAAACCAAACGGUCUUUUAUGUCUUCUUGACGAUCAGUGCAACUUUCCUGGUGCAACAAACGAAACGUUGCUACAGAAAUUUAACACUGUUAAUAAAGAAAAUCCGUUUUACGAAGCGCCACAGCGCCGAGAAGCGGCGUUUGUUGUUCGUCAUUAUGCUGGUGCGGUCAAGUAUCAAGCUGCCAAUAUGAGAGAAAAGAAUCUAGAUUUGAUGCGACCCGAUGGCGUAGUCGGAGUACUGAAAAAUUCUUCUCUUGCUUUCGUGCGAGAGUUAGUCGGCGCUGAUCCGGUCGCCGUAUUUAGAUGGGCCAUCCUGCGGGCCUUCUUCCGCGCUCAUUUUGCGUUUCAAGAAGCUGGUCGAGUACACAGACAUGGCAGAGUCGAUGGAAACAAGACAUCUGUACAAAAUAGAUACAGGACACCCAACGAGAAUUUAAUAAGUUCACAUAAACAUACUCGCCCACCAAGUUAUCAGAAGCAACGCAGUGUAUGUUUACCACCGGCUACUGCUCCUUCUGCCACAUUAUCUUCUAUACAAACCGAAAACAACGAUAAUAUAAACAACAAUCGUCUAUCGUGGCCACAAUUUAGAAACAUUAAUCAGACGCAACACCCAUCAAACGUUACAUCGAUGAAGGGUGGUUACAUAUUACGGGGCAGGGAAGACCAGUCCUAUAGUAAUAAUAAAUUCAGACGAGAUACUCAUACACCGCUAGAGAGAGUGCUUCCAAAAGACGAAGCAAACGUCAUGGAACGCGCUAAUCAGAUUGUCAUGAAAAAUAAAUCGUUUCGGCCAAGGGAACGUGGCAAGAAAGGUCUGAAAAAUCUGCAAACUGUAAAGACACUCGCAGGAAGAACUCAGAGUUACGGUACCGGACCAGGGAAAGCCAGAAAACAACCUAUGACCGUUUCUGCACAAUUUCAGCAAAGUUUGCACAGUCUGAUGGACACUCUGAAUCAGGCAAAUCCUUUCUUCAUCAGAUGCAUUAAGAGCAACGCUAAUAAAAUACCAAAUGAAUUUGAUGAGGAAACAGUACAACGACAGCUGCGCUAUACAGGCAUGUUGGAAACCGUCAGAAUAAGGCAGGCCGGUUUCAACGUGCGACUAACAUAUGAGGAAUUUAUACAACUCUAUCGAAUGUUGCUUCCUAAAGGUCUUCUGAGCUCACAAUCCGACGUGAGGGACUUCCUACUAACUCUCAAUCUCAACAGAGAUAAUUAUCAGUUGGGUACUACCAAAGUCUUCCUCAGAGAAUCCGAAAAGAUAAAACUGGAUAUUGAACUUCAUCAACAAAUUAUAACAAGCAUUACCACCAUACAGAAAUGGUUCCGCGCUUGUCUAGAAAGGCGAAAAUUCCUUAGAUUAAAGAAUGCCGUUGUACAAAUUCAAUCUUUCUGGAGAAUGGUUUCGGCACAGCGAUUAGCUCAGGUUCUUCGUGCAAGAACCGAAGCCGCAUUACAUAUACAAACUGCCUGGAGGGUGUACAAACAACAUAGCUGGUUUAAAAAGCUAAAGUCGUGCGUAAUUACUUUCCAAGCGUACGUUAGAGGAAAUAAUGCCAGAAAGAAAUUUAUCGAAUUGAAAAAACGAAAAAGGCCUCUACCAGAUAGAAUUCAAGAAGUCAAGAAAAUUCCAGAAUAUAAGGAACUUAUAUAUGAUAAAAUGUACGCCAAAGAUAGUGAAGAGUCGUUCGCGGAAGAUCGAAGUUUAACAGAAUAUGGCGAAUCACCUCGAAAAGUAGAAUCUCAAAAUCGACUUACGUCAGUAAGGAGUGAUAACGUCUAUCGAGACAGAGACAGUACUUUGGAUACAAGCAUCUCGUAUUCCAAACGAAAGCUUACUCCGAACAAGCGAAUUUUGCAUGACGGAGCGUUGAAAAAUACGGAAACGUAUAAUUUCGAUGAGAUCACAGAUCGUAAAAGUAGUCUCGAAAGUUUAACCAGUCUGAGGAGUUACGAAUCUCAAGCUAGUAUCAAUAGUUCUGAAUCGCAAGAAAAUUCUGGCUCGAGACCCGUGCCAAGCACAAGAACAAAACGUGGUGAUCAUUCGGCGGCGAUUGCAUCAAAUGUAAAUAUAUUGAACGCGUCCAGUCGACUCUCUUCAGUGAGUAGAAGAACUGACAGUUCCUCGACAGGGUAUAGUGAUGGAGAAACCGAAAGCGAGCCACCGAGCGCCGUGCAAAGUGCUCCACCUGUUUUCAACACGAGUCUGCCGUUCGUCAGUUCGCGCGACAUAAAGUAUCAUACCACCAACGUAAACCUGACGCACAGUCCGAAUUCGGACAUUUGGCGUCGUAGAGCAGAUUACUCGCCCGCCAAUUACAGCGAUUAUUUUAUGCAAGUACCUCAGAAAACAACCGUUACCCGAUCUCCUAACGUGUCUCAUUACAAGAGUUCAACGGAUAGCGUUUUCGAACAAGUCCGACAGGAAAAGCCCAACGAAGCUGCGAAUUAUAAUGUUAAACUCGAUACGAGCGAUCGAUUCGUUCAAAUGGAAAGUUUGAGUAGUAGGCAACAACGUGGAUUUAAUGACAACAACGUAGCUGAUCGAAUGGAAAAUAUUCCAAUAUCGCCAACAAAACGAGAUCAAACCAAGCACGGACCUAUAAAAAAUGUCAAAGAUCUUAGUUACUUGCGGCGACAAAACUCGGAGGGAGAUUCCGCAAUGAAAGUCGUAGAUAUCAACGACGAUAACACUUUGAAGAGCACUUUAUUGAAAGGAUCCUCGCCAAAUGAAAAGAAUUCGCGUUCGAAAGAGAAGUAUGAGCCGGACGUUCCAGUGAGAAACGCAAGACGAAAUAGACCUUCGAGAGAGGUUCAGUGUCGAUCUAUGGGUGAAAGUGUAGUCGAAACUAAUACCGAAACACGAAAUCUGCUUCUUGGUACAAUUAAGGAAAGUGACUUGAAUAAAACGACUGUAUGGUCUCGGAAAGAUUAUUCGCAUGAAACUACUUCUCGAUCUGUUACGGAUUGGCCCAUGAAUAAGAAUGAAGCUACAUACAAAGUACAGCAGCCCGGUAAACGCAUGAGAUCCAAUGCGAUAACGACUCUCGAGCUACGAAGGAGGAACUCCGAUCCAGCUACGAAAAUCUCGGGUCUAAGUGAGGAUAAAAUGGGACAGGAUACCAGUUCGAACGAUCUGAAAUUGGCACCUGGCAUGAAUCUUCUUGAAUGGAAAGGUAAUAAUCUGUUUACUCUAGCUGGUCAUCGUUUUCGAAAAGUGGCGAGAUUUGCAAAGGACGACGUAUGUGUGUGUUGCCACGAGAAAAUGGACGCGUUUGUGACGCAAGGCUACAAAUGUGUUGACUGUAAGCAGUUGUAUCAUGUCAAGUGCAUUCAAAACGGUGGAGUGUUGAGAAUGCCGUGCCUUUUGGCCAACACACCGAACAGACGGAAAAAUAGAAAACCACCGCGCACACCGUACGAUACUACGAAACAAACGGUCGCGUCCAAAUUUAAUCUAACUGGCACUUCAGCCUUUUCCGAUAGCACGGAUAAGAUUAUUUCCGACGCCAAAGAGUUGGCACUGAUGCAAGAUUUUAUCACCAAGAAAAUCUACAAAAUGGAGAGUCAAGAGGAGGGACGGAAACCGAGCGAAGUGGAUCGUGUUUUCAAACAUGCUCUUAGGAAGUUCAAGGACGACCUGGUGAUCACGUAUAGCGUCGCCAUACAGCAAGGCGUAGAGGGUAACAUCAAGUACACCGAUUUAAUCGCAAAUUUUCUUCACGUUAUGGAAACUGUCUGCAAGCAAGAAAACACGAGGGAAGAUUUUCCUGUAACAAUGGGCGUGAAUGCAUUCAGAGGCUUUAUGAAUGAAUUUAUGGCUAUGGUUAAAACUGAAGCUCCCGAAAAGCAAAGCAAGAGCAAACGGAAGAAGGAGAAGAAGCGAAAACAAGAAGAACCCAUACGACAUGGCAGUCACAUGUUCCAGUUGACUAUCAUCAACAUACCCACCGCGUGUGAAGUCUGCACAUCUUUCUUCAUGUGGCCUAUUGAGCGAGGACUCGUUUGCCAGAAUUGUAAAUUGACAUGCCACAAAAAGUGCUACAUGAAGGCGUCAGCGGAAUGUGGCAAAGAUGGUUCUCUGCCUGAAAUGAAUUCGCGCAAAGUAUUUGGUGUACCACUGUACAAGUUGGACUGCGGUGAUGGCAAAGUACCACUCGUAGUAGAUCGAUUAAUCACAACUAUCGAAAUGCACGGUCUCUAUACUGAAGGUAUAUAUAGAAAAAGUGGUGUCAGUUCCAAAGUGAGAGAACUCAAAAUGAAAAUGGACGAGGGUGAUUUAGAGAAGGUGGAUUUCGAGAACUAUCAAGUGCAUGUUUUAGCAGCAGUGCUGAAAAGUUUCUUUAGAGACAUGCCGGAACCGUUGUUGACUUACGAAUAUUACGACGAUUUCUUGCACGCGGCAAAUUUGACGGAUCCGCAUGAUCGAAUCAGCACGCUCUUCGCCAUAUUGAAGAAGUUGCCGAAACCUAAUUAUGAUCUGAUGGAACGUUUGAUUGUCCAUCUAGCGCGAGUAGCGCGACAUGAGGUAGACAAUAGAAUGUCAUCAUCAGCUUUAGCCAUCGUUUUUGCACCGUGCAUUCUCAGAACGAACAGGACGUUGCCCGCGCAAGAUUCCCUUCAAGACGUAGGCAGGCAGACGCGUUGCGUCGAAACGAUUGUGCAGGAAAAGUUGAGGGUAGUUAGAGCAACGCUGGCAGACAUAAAUACCCUCGAAUCUGCUUGUCACACAGCGACUCAUCGGCUCUCCAGUUUACGAUCAUCCAAGAUCUUCAGUCCAGAGGAGUUGAACGUAACUGCCUCGAGCGUUGCAGGACGAGCAGUUGCGAUGGAUCGUGACAGGGAUCGAGGAGAUGAGGAAGAAGCGCUACUCGUCGAUCAUAUACAAGAAAUCCAAAAGGAAAAGGAUCUCUUGACGUCUACUCUACCCAGUCUAACGAGAGCUUCUUCGGACGAUGAUCUCCUCUUGUCAGCCACGGAUCUAGACGAUGGAUCUCUCGACGAUCUUCUCCCAUCUUCUGCUGACGGACUCGUAAGGAAGAAGCCCGUUCAAAGGCAAAGUUCAGCAGACAAUUCGUUUCCAACGAUUAUCAAUAUGGACGAUGACAUGGUAAUGGUAUGAA